UGGUUUCAAAUAUUGAUAUGAUAUAGUCACAAACACAUUAUUGUCUCUCUCUUCUCUCCUCUUUCUUUCUCUCUCUUCUUUCUGUGUUGAUGUAUGUAUGUUUUUGGAUUCCCACCUAUUUUUCCCAAACACAAAGCAGGUGGUACUAAAGAGAAAGUUUUGGAGAGAGAGAGAGAGAGAAAUAAAAAUAGAAAAGUCUAGAGUCGCCGGAAAAUGCUCAGCCAAAGCUCCGAACUCCGGCGAGUGAGUCAAUGCGGUGGUGAUUAGUAUUUACUUAUUUUAACAAAAUAAAUAAAGUUAAUCUGGAAGUGGGUUUUUGGUUUUAUGAGCCAGAACAAAAAAUGCGUGAAGCACUACUGUGUGAUGAGCCGAACGACGUCGUAUCCACCACCACGAAGAAGAAGAAAUCCGACGAAGUGAUAUUAACAGUCGCGCGUAGUCGAUCCCAAGCUGGUAGCACACGAAGGGUAACGCCAACGACCUUAACUAGCUCACCUUCGCUAACCGCCGCCGUAAACGUGGGCGUAACUGUGGCGGAGAAGCCACUCGCGAACGGAGAUCUGUACAUCGGGGGUUUGUCAGGGAACGCGCCGCACGGAUCUGGGAAGUACUUGUGGACGGACGGGUGCAUGUACGAAGGCGAGUGGCGACGUGGCAAAGCGUACGGAAAGGGCAAAUUCUCGUGGCCAUCUGGGGCGACCUACGAGGGGGACUUCAAGUCGGGUCGGAUGGAAGGGUUAGGUACUUUCAUCGGAUCCGACGGGGACACCUACCGCGGGUCGUGGAGCUCCGAUCGGAAGCACGGGUACGGAGAGAAGCGCUACGCGAACGGCGACUUUUACAAAGGGUAUUGGAAACGGAACGUGCAAGAUGGGCAAGGGCGUUACGUUUGGAAGAAUGGGAACGAGUACGAUGGGGAAUGGAAAAACGGUGUGAUUUCGGGUCGUGGGGUUUUGCUUUGGGCCAACGGAAACCGUUACAGCGGGGAGUGGGAAAACGGAGUUCCGAAAGGGAACGGGGUUUUUACUUGGCCUGAUAGUAGUUGCUAUGUUGGUAGUUGGAACAAGGACCUCAAGAUUCAGCAAAUGAACGGUACUUUUUAUCCGGGAAAUGGGAAAGAGAGGGGCUUGAAGAGUGACGGCAAUGGUGGUGGGUGUGACAAUUUGAUGAUCACGAUGCGGAAAAGGUCGUCGGUGGACGGAGCUAGAGGGAGCGUGACGGAGAGGAAUUUUCCGAGAAUCUGUAUUUGGGAAUCGGAUGGGGAAGCAGGGGAUAUAACUUGUGAUAUAAUCGACAAUGUGGAGGCUUCCAUGUUUUAUCGCGAUGGUACUGGGAUUGGGAUGGAUCCUCGUGAAGGGUUUCGCCAGUUUAGACGGAGUCCAUGUUGUUUUCCCGGGGAGGCGAAGAAGCCAGGGCAGAUGAUAUCAAAAGGCCAUAAGAAUUAUGAAUUGAUGCUUAAUCUUCAAUUGGGAAUUAGGUAUUCUGUGGGGAAGCAUGCUUCCAUAUUGCGUGAGCUAAAGGAGAGUGAUUUCGAUCCCAAGGAGAAAUUCUGGACGAGGUUUCCGCCAGAGGGAUCCAAGAUUACGCCGCCCCACCAGUCUACUGAGUUUCGAUGGAAAGAUUAUUGUCCCAUGGUGUUUAGACGUUUGAGGGAGCGGUUCCAAGUAGAUCCUGCUGAUUACAUGCUGGCUAUUUGUGGCUCCGAUGCCCUUCGGGAGCUUUCCUCUCCGGGGAAGAGUGGAAGCUGCUUUUACCUUACACAGGAUGAUAGAUUUAUGAUCAAAACAGUGAGGAAAUCAGAAGUCAAGGUGCUAAUUAGAAUGCUUCCAAGUUAUUACCAACAUGUAUGUCGGUAUGAAAAUUCCCUGGUGACAAGAUUCUUUGGGGUGCAUUGUGUCAAACCGAUUGGUGGCCAGAAGACCCGGUUCAUUGUAAUGGGCAAUUUAUUCUGCUCAGAGUAUCGGAUCCAUAGGCGAUUUGACCUAAAAGGAUCAUCUUUUGGCCGCACGACUGACAUGCCUGAGGGUGAGAUUGAUGAAACCACAACCCUCAAGGACAAUGAUCUUAAUUUUGUGUUUCGCCUUCAAAGAAGUUGGUACCAAGACCUCAUCAAACAAAUUGAUCGGGAUUGUGAGUUCUUGGAAUCGGAGAGAAUCAUGGACUACAGUCUUUUGGUUGGUCUUCACUUUCGUGAUGACAAUACAUGUGACAAAAUGGGUUUAUCGCCAUUCCUUUUGCGUACUGGUAAAAAGGAUUCUUAUCAGAAUGAAAAGUAUAUGCGUGGAUGUCGCUUCCUUGAAGCAGAGCUACAAGAUAGGGAUAGAGUUUUAUCUGGCAGGAAACCAUUAAUCAGGUUAGGAGCAAAUAUGCCUGCAAGAGCGGAACGGAUGGCUAGAAGGAGUGACUUUGAUCAGUAUACCCCGGGUGGAAUAAGCCGUUUGACACCUUCACGCAGUGGUGAGAGCUACGAAGUAGUCCUUUACUUUGGGAUCAUUGACAUUUUACAGGACUAUGAUAUUAGCAAGAAAUUAGAGCAUGCCUACAAGUCCUUACAAGCUGACCCAACUUCUAUUUCAGCCGUUGAUCCGAAGCUCUACUCAAAGAGGUUUCGGGAUUUCAUAGGGAGAACAUUCAUAGAAGACUGGUAGCUCUAAAAUGGAAUAUUGGUAAUGAAAACCAGUGCCAGAGGAUUGAGAAGAAUCCUCACUUAGAUCUGAACCCCUCUAAAAAAAAGGCUGUGAAGCAUACAGAAUUUCCAACAGUUGUUGGAGCAAAUACUACUUGAUGGGUCAGAGGCCAGGCCACUGCAAGCGGCUUAUGGAAGGUGCUAAAUUGCUAAUGGCUGAUUUUGAAGAUACAGCCGUAGUAAUGGGAUAUUGGAAGGUCAGAAAACUUGUACAUGCGAGGGGAGGGGGGGAUGGGAAAUGUGGAUUUUGAUAUGCCUUUUCUUUUUUGGUUAAAUUUUUGUGGUAACCAAGGAAUGUGAAGAUUUGAAAGAUAGGUAUGGGGAACUGAGAAAAAUGUUCCCUAGAGAAAAGAUUCAAAAUGGGAGGGGAGACUUGGAAUAAGUGUACAGUAUCAUAGAAAGGAUCGGAUAGUUUAUGGAAUUCCAUAUUUUCCAUAAAUUCUUUUUUUUUUUUUUUCCUUGUAAGAUAUUUUUCAAAAAUACUUAUUUUGAAUCACAUUGCUAGAGAGGACCCAUGGGGUAUUCUCUCUCUCUCUCUUUUA